GUUGGGCUGUGAUGGGCUAAUGUUUAAUGAAGGCCGCGCUGAUGGACAUGUUGUGAGUGGAUGCAGAAAACGCCGUCGAUAUUAUUUUCCUUGCCCUAGCAGUAGCCGGCCGAGAUAGUUUCAGAGAUUGGAGUUUCAAAAGUCUGUUUCAGAAUUUAAUUUGAGUCUUUUCCAAGCGAGGUUUCCGUCAUUAACUAUGGCUAAGCCAGAGUUUUCCAGCACUCUCAAAAGCCUGAAGUUCAUGCAAAGAGCAGCCCAGAAAGAAGAGGUGAUAAAAAAAGAAGAGGUCAAACCUGCCGAGAAUUUUACUUCCCCUGGUGGUGUUACUAGGAAGUGUGUGGUAAUAAUGGAAGGUGACCCCCAUCCAGGAGCAACAAAGGGUCGGAUGUCUUUUAGAAGUUUCAACCCGUCUAUUGAUAAAUUAAACGAGGAAGCAACACAAGUUAGUCAGCCAGUACCCCUUGCCACUUCUAAAGGAACUGAAAAUGGAAAUGAAUCAUCUAGAGAAAACGAACCACCAAUGGAGGAAGGAGAGUGCUCGGAUCUUCAUAAACCAAAUUGCGAGGCUAAUGGAAACUAUAAAAGAAAACAGUAUCCGAACAUGUCUCCAAAAAGUGAUGAAGUUGAACAACAGUCACCAUCAAGUGACAGAAAAGGUGCUUUCAAGAAACCAAAGGGUGGAAGGCUUGAUUGGAGCGUCCUUAGACGAUCAAAUAGUUAACAAGGAUAGACAGUGACAAUGAUUUUGAUUCAGUCGUUGCAUCCAUAGUUGAUAAUCACUUCCAAUCAUGUACCUGUAAACUAGUUAUCAUUAUAUUUAUAUAUAUAUAUCCUUAAUUUUGCCAACCAGUUAGUCAAGUUUGUCUUCUAAAUUGUUAAGGAUGAGAUUCAUCACCAGGGAAUUGGAAGAAUUUAUUCACUUGAAACCAUAAUUUUAGACAUCUUUUUCUAGGCGUUUGAGCCGAGUCUUAAAAUCUGUUUGUAGUAAAGUUUGCAUGAUACUUGCAUAAUUUACUCUAGUUUAACUAUUAUUACCAUUUAUUGAAGAAGCUAUGUGGUGAGAAUAAAUCUCUUUUUGUCUUGAAA